AUGGCGAGCAACUUUGUGAUGGAUAGGACUAACGAAGCAAGGAAUCGUGAACUAAUUCAACAAUAUCUGAACAUCCUGGAUGAUUCGAAUCGAACAAUUAUUAGUUUCUUUACUGCCUCUGAAAAUAUCUGCGAUGUCGUUGUGAGUGUGGAGGGUUGUCAGUGGGAAUUUAUAGUAGAUAAAAUGGAAAUGGCAAAGAAGUUGUGUCUACAACAUGAAGAACGUUUUCGGUCACUUCAGACGGAGAGCAAGGUCUAUGUGCAAAAAGUCGAGGACAUGAUCAACAGCGACUGCCCGCGAUUGGUAGUUAACCUGAAUGACAUCCGGAAAAAAUCUACUGAAAGAGCUUUCGGGUUAAUUCAUAACUUCGUGGAAGAGAUCAUCUGCUUGGAGCAAGCAGCAAAAGAAAUCGUUGGGCGAGCUAGUCCCGAAUUCAUCAAAAAUCAUGAUGUUCAAGUUGGUUUCGAAGGAAGUUUUGGGGAUCGUCACGUCAAUCCCAGGUCGCUGAAAUCAACAUUUUUGGGCAACCUGGUUUGCUGCGAAGGAAUUGUGACGAAAUGUUCCACUGUCCGUCCCAAAGUUGUGAAAAGCGUCCAUUACUGCCCGGCUACAAAGAAGACUCUGGAAAAACGCUACACAGACCUAACUUCAUAUGACUCAUUUCCGAGCAGUAAUGACGAAAACAAGAAUCCUUUGGAGACUGAGUUUGGUUUGAGCACCUACAAAGAUCAUCAAUCAUUCUCUGUACAGGAAUUGCCGGAAUGUGCACCUGCCGGCCAGCUUCCUCGCUCUGUGGACGUGAUUGCAGACAACGACUUGGCUGAUUUGGUUAACCCUGGCGACCGUGUUCGCGUAAUCGGUCUUUAUCGUGUGUUACCUAACAAACAGAAUGGAUUCUCAAACGGGUCCUUCAGGUCCAUUGUUAUCUCUAACAAUAUUCAAUUGCUAUCUAAAGAAACAACUCUCGACUUCGAUCCGGAAGAUGUUAGAAAUAUCCGUAAGCUGAGCAGGAAGAAAGACGUAUUUGAACUAAUCGCUCGCUCUCUGGCUCGUCAUUUGUGCGGCACAGAGAGGUCCCAGAAAUCAAUUUUGUGUCUUUUGCUCGGAGGCUGCGAAAAAAUUCUUGACAAUGGUAGUCGACUUCGAGGAGACAUCAAUGUCUUAUUGAUCGGAGAUCCUUCCGUCGCGAAAUCUCAACUUCUCAGUGAUAUUGUAUCUGGACGAGGUUCUUCGGAGAGUCGGUAUAGAUGCUCGUUAAGUCCAGGAGGGGCGGAACGAAGAUUAGAGGCGGGAGCAAUGAUGACGGAUAUAGACCGAACUGCCAUUCAUGAAGUUAUGGAACAAGGCCGUGUGACCAUUGCAAAAGCAGGAAUUCAUGCAAAGUUGAAUGCACGGUGCUCUGUUCUUGCUGCCGCAAAUCCCGUCUAUGGAAGGUAUGACCCGUUCAAAACUCCCAUGGACAACAUCAAUAUGCAGGAUUCGCUGUUAUCUCGUUUCGACUUGAUAUUUGUGUUGCUUGAUGAACAUGAUCCUGACCGCGACAAGACCGUGGCUAGCCACGUCUUGAAACUCCACUGCUAUCGUGCUCCUGGAGAGGAAGACGGGACAGUACUUCCUAUGGGAGCAGGUGUUGAAACGAUGAGCACGUUUGAUCUGCAUGGUACGGAAAAGAGCGAGAUGUAUGAGAAGAAUUCGGAUUGGGUAGAUGAUUCCGCAAAGGUGCUGUCUGUCGAGUUUGUGAGGAAAUAUAUUCAUCUGGCUCGUUCAAUGAAGCCGAAGCUCACUGAGGAAGCGACUGAGUUUAUUUCGGAGGUGUACGCAGAAAUCAGGUCCUUUGACACUUCGAAAACGGAUAGGGAAAGGACUAUGCCGAUUACUGCUAGACAGUUGGAGACGCUGAUUCGUUUGUCAACGUCAAUUGCCAAGGCUCGUUUCUCCAAGACAGUCGAUCGAGUAGACGCUGAGAAGGCAUACAAUUUGCUGCACUUUGCUUGCUUCAAAGAAAAACCUAAGGCUCGAGUUGAAUAUGAGAACGCGAAGAAGAGAGUCGUCACUGAUGGGCCAAGUGAUGAAGAGCUUGAAGACGAAGAAGUUACUGAACAACCAUCUUCCGCCCCAUCUGCCACUCCUGGACGGGGAACUAGAAGGCGCGCUCGUGACACCACCCCUCAUAGCGGUGACUCAUCGCCGACCGCUUCUCAGCCUGCGAAACGUCCUCGAGCCGAACCACCAAGUAUCAGUGUGGACAGAUAUAAGCAGUUCCGUGCAUGUGUGCGAAAAGUCUUCGAUGAACUGGGUGCGACUGAUGAUAUGGUGGACCUCGAUAAGGUCACCGAAGGUGUGCAAACACAAGCUGGCACUCAUUUGUUCUCUGAUGGUGAACUGGAGGCUGGAUACGAAAGAAUGGCUAGUGAUAAUGCAAUUAUGAUUGCUGAUAACAAGAUCACAUUGAUUUAA